CGAAGGUUUUUGUGUUGCUCGCCUGGGCUAGCUGCGGCGGCGGCGGCGGCGGCGGCGGCGGUGGAGGAGGGGAGGCGGCACGGAGGCGCAGCGGCUGCUGCACGGCGUUCGACGCAGCGGAGCGAGCCCACCCGCCCCGGGAGCUCGCCUCCCGGAGCUUCCCCUCCCUCCCCGCCCCCCCAGUGGCGCUGCCUCCUCCAAAUGAGCGAUUCGCCCGCUGGAUCUAACCCAAGGACACCCGAAAGCAGCGGCGGCGGCAGCAGCAGCGGCGGCGGCGGCGGGAAGAGGCCGGCGGUGCCGGCAGUGGUGUCCCUCCUGCCCCCGGCGGACCCCCUGCGCCAGGCAAACCGGCUCCCUAUCAGGGUCCUGAAGAUGCUGAGCGCUCACACCGGUCACCUCCUGCACCCGGAGUACCUGCAACCGCUGUCCUCCACUCCCGUCAGCCCAAUUGAGCUGGACGCCAAGAAGAGUCCUUUGGCUCUGCUAGCCCAGACCUGCUCGCAGAUCGGCAAGCCCGACCCGCCGCCCUCGUCCAAGCUCAACUCCGUAGCGGCGGCGGCGGCGGCCAACGGGCUGGGAUCCGAGAAAGACCCGAGCCGCUCCGCCCCCGGCGCCGCCUCCGCGGCCGCGGCGCUCAAGCAGCUGGGGGACUCCCCCGCGGAGGACAAGUCGAGCUUCAAGCCCUACUCUAAGGGCUCCGGCGGCGGCGACUCCCGCAAAGACAGCGGCUCCUCGUCGGUGUCCUCCACCACCUCUUCGUCCUCCUCGUCCCCCGGAGACAAGGCGGGCUUCAGGGUCCCCAGCGCCGCCUGCCCUCCCUUUCCCCCGCACGGGGCAUCGGUCUCCACCUCAUCAAACUCGUCUUCUCCCGGCGGCUCCCGCGGAGGUUCACCACACCACUCAGACUGCAAGAACGGCGGCGGCGGGGCCGGCGGCGCCAGCGAACUGGACAAGAAAGACCAGGAAGCCAAACCCAGUCCUGAGCCAGCCGCUGGGAGCCGAGGCAGCGGUGGGGACUCGGCUCACGGUGGCCCGGAAGCCACCGCAUCGGGGCGCAAGUCAGAGCCGCCCUCCGCCCUGGUAGGGGCGGGCCACGUGGCUCCAGUGUCACCCUACAAACCAGGCCACUCGGUGUUCCCACUACCGCCCUCCAGCAUUGGUUACCACGGCUCCAUCGUGGGCGCCUACGCCGGCUAUCCGUCUCAGUUCGUUCCUGGCCUGGAUCCUAGCAAGUCUGGUUUAGUGGGAGGUCAGCUGUCCGGGGGCCUGGGCCUGCCACCAGGCAAGCCCCCCAGCUCCAGCCCACUCACGGGGGCCUCCCCACCCUCCUUCCUGCAGGGAUUAUGCCGUGACCCCUACUGUCUAGGAGGCUACCACAGCGCCUCGCACCUCGGCGGCUCAAGCUGUUCCACUUGCAGCGCGCAUGAUCCGGCCGGGCCCAGCCUUAAGGCCAGUGGCUACCCUCUGGUGUACCCCGGGCACCCCUUGCAACCUGCGGCGCUCUCCUCCAGCGCCGCCCAGGCCGCUCUCCCGGGCCAUCCUCUCUACACCUAUGGCUUCAUGCUGCAGAACGAACCGCUGCCACACAGCUGCAAUUGGGUGGCGGCCAGCGGGCCCUGCGACAAGCGCUUUGCCACCUCCGAGGAGCUGCUCAGCCAUCUACGGACUCACACAGCCCUGCCGGGCGCAGAGAAACUUCUGGCCGCCUACCCCGGGGCGUCGAGCUUGGGCAGUGCCGCUGCAGCCGCUGCAGCCGCGGCUUCUUGUCACCUGCAUCUCCCCCCGCCCGCUGCCCCAGGCAGCCCCGGGUCGCUGUCCUUGCGGAGUCCACACACUUUGGGGCUAAGCCGAUACCACCCCUAUGGCAAGAGCCACUUAUCUACAGCUGGGGGCCUGGCAGUGCCGUCCCUUCCCACAGCCGGACCCUACUACUCGCCAUACGCACUGUAUGGACAGAGACUAGCCUCCGCCUCCGCGCUUGGAUACCAGUAACCACAGCUCUGGCCCCUCCCAGCCCUUCCCCACCCACCCCUUCCUCUCACGUCCUACUGCCUUCAACGCUGCAAGCUCCACUACCGCUUACCCCUACCAGGAUCCAGCCCAGCCCCUCCCCCACCGGACUGUGUAUUUAUUUACUAUAAUGUUAGCUUACAAGCUGGGAACAUAAGUGCAUUAAUGACCACAUGAGUCAGUGGUAUGCAAAAAGUCUGUCUCCCCCAAAUAAUAAUAUUAACCACCCAGGUAACUCCAUGAUUCCCCCACCCCUCUCCCUUCUUUUGUUUAUUCUUCUUGGGUAUAUGUUUUAAGGUUUGGGGGUGUUUGAUUUUGACUGAUUUGGUGUUAAGGAAUGAAGGAAGAUUUGGGGUUCUACACUUUCAGUUUCCCCCAUCUUGGGAAGUCUCUUGCAUGAGUCUUAACUGUUAAAACUGCAUAUCUUCCCUUUUCCUGCCCACCCCAUCUUGUUUCAUUCCAUGUGAAGUUUUAAUUCUUUUUUUUUCUUUGUACAAAAAAAAAAAAAACAAUUUGGGGGGGUCAGGGGGAACAACUUGGUGGCUGGAGGUCUUGAGCUCUGAUGAACCAGAAUUCUGUUGGGCUGUGUGGUACUACACAACAAACCUCCCACCCCUCACCCCCCACUUCCCACAUGAGCACUUGGUUCUAGGCCCUGAGCCCUCAAAUCAAAUCACAGCCUUGACCCUCCAUGGUGCUCAGUUCGGGAAGUCCCUGUGCCACCAGCAGUGGCCCAAUGGCCUCCAACUGAGCCUGCCACGUCUUCUACCUUCCUGGCCCCUCAGGGACCCACACCUUGCGGUGCAGUCAAAUUGCCGGCUGACAGGGACCUGACACAUCCAAUUAAAUGUCUUAGAAGGCCCCCGCUGGCACGAAAUUGCUCUUUAUAUUUUGUGAAGUACUUUAUCGUUACUAUUUUAUUUUUUCUCUCCCUAGUUGGGACUGUGACCCGCCCCCUCCCCUGGCGAUAGGGGUGGGGUCAGGGAUCCUAAAUGGAUCCCUCCAAAGCUUACCAGUCCUCAAGUCAGCAGACCAGACAACAUUAGGAGCUCUGUUGGGGGCAGGCUGGGGACUCAGGGAGCCCUAGGAUCAGAGCACUCCCUUCGCCAUGUCCCAGACCUGAGCCAGCAAUCGCCAAAGCUGGCAUUAGGUUUCCGUGGGUUCCUGCGGUGGCUAGGAUUAAAGACUUAAUACAAGUCUUCUCCCCAACACCUUCCCUCCCUCCCGGUCUUACGCAGCAGCGCUGGGGCUUCGGGGCCGGCCUCGGCUGCGGGGCCUCUUGUGGGGUGAACAGAGCUCUCCCUUGCUAAGACUAUUUUGUUAAUAAAUGGAAUACUUGGCUAUAUUCA